AACCCACCGGUCGGCAGGUGGGAGAAGGUCGUCGGUAGCCAUGCCGUGACUUGAGACGGCCACUUUUCGCCUGUCGCUGCGUCAACAUCAGUUAAAUGUGGCUAAUUUAUAAAGACGCGAAGGUCGACACGCGAAUCAAACAGGUGAAAACAAGUCAGACGGCCAAACUGCGGGUUUAUGUCACCUCAUUAGCCACAAGCUGCUGAUGUCACUUCCUUUUUCAGGACGCACAGCGUGACAGUUUGUGCCGGGAUGAGGAAAGAUCUUGGGUUGGCACUGCUCUUGCUGCUUUUGGCAGCUGUACAGACCAACAGCGUGUCUCCACCAGGGAAACCAGUCCUGCUCGGCUGCAGGUCCCCUGAGAAGGAGACGUUUACCUGCUGGUGGGAGCCAGGCUCUGAUGGAGGGCUGCCGACCAGACACCGCCUCUAUUACGAGAGAGAAAGACUGGAGGGAGUGUAUGAGUGUCCAGACUAUCGGUCAGCAGGGAGGAACUCCUGUUUCUUUGACAAGAACCACACCUCCAUCUGGGUGGACUACUACCUGACAGUGGUGGCCUCCAAUGCCCUCGGGAAUGCCACUUCAGACACCUUUAAGAUUGACGUGAUGGAAAUUGUGAAGCCUCAUGCUCCUGAAAAUGUAACGCUGCUGGUGGAGGAGAGAGAGGACAGUCCACAUCUCUAUAUCAGAUGGGAGCGUCCCCGCAACACGGACACCAAAUCCGGCUGGGUCACCAUUAAAUAUGAACUAAGGGUCAAGCAAGAAAACAACAAGUGGAAGGAGUACAUGUCAGGCACACAGACCCAUUUCAGCCUGUACAGCAUCAGCCCUGGGUCAGUGUACAUGGUUCAGGUGCGCUGUAGGCUAGACCACGGCUCCUGGAGUGAGUGGAGCAACACCACCGACGUGAAGGUCCCUAACUAUCUUCGGAAUGAGAGACCAUUUUGGAUAUUGGUUUCCAUCGUCUCUUCAAUUCCAUUUAUAGCAGCGAUGUGCAUCUUGAUCAUAAAGAGAAAAUAUGUGAAGCAGUGUGUUCUGCCUCCUGUUCCUGGUCCAAAAAUAAGAGGGGUCGAUUUUCAGCUUCUCAAGAGCGGCCGAUCUGAAGACGUCAUUAAUGCUCUGAUCGUCAACCAGAACUUUCCUCUUAUGGUGGCCUGGAAGGACCAGAUGGAGGAGUACCUAAUGGUGACUGAGAAUGACAAUGGGCUUCUGCCAGAUCCCUCCAGCUGUCAAAAGAGGAAGAAAAGCUUGAUUAUUCCUGCUGGCUUCCGCUUAGAUCCGGAAAUCCAAUGUAAGGAGUCGCCGCCCAGACAAAAAGGCCAGGAGAAGGCUGGGGUAACAAAAAAUGAAAUGGAUAGCUUCGCAAAGAGCAAGAAGUCUCUCCCCGGAGAGAGUUUGUCAAACUUGGAGCCUGCUCAGAAACCACAGUGCACAAGUAUACACUUUGUAAACACAGAGGCAACAGAACAGGGUCCAUCAAACCAUGAGAACACCAGCAAACCCUGCACAAACAGUGGUUAUGUGGAUAUUCAGAGACAUGUGGAAAGCUUACGGGAGGUGGAUGUAAAACAGGUGGACUACAGCAGAGUAAAAGAGGUGAACGCAAACAAUACUAUCAUCCUAGAGACAGAAAAUCUCCCACUGAACAGCUCUGGCUACAUGGAUGUUCAGAGACGAGAGGAGGGCGUAUCAGAGGACUACAGCAGGGUGAAAGAGGUGGACUGUAUGAUCUUCCUGCAGAAACAAAAUGCGUCAGUCGACGCUUCCUGUAGAGAGAAGGGUAACCAGUACACAGACUGUGCCCUUCAGAAGCCAAGAAAUCCUCGUGUGACUGGAGUCUGUAAAGUGGGAGUGUGCACAGAACUCAUCGAUAGCGGAUAUGUAGAUACUAUCCCUGCAUCACCUUUAAUGUAAAGGUUUGGUUUGUAUACAUUUUGGGCUGCCACUAAAGAUUAUUUUCAUUGUCGAUUAUUUUCUUGAUUAUUCGAUUAGUUGUUUGGUCUAUAAAACGGCCUCAAAUGUCUUGUUUCAUCCACAACCCAAAGAUAUUCAGUUUGCUGUCAGGGAGGAGUGAUGACACUACAAAAUAUCCACAUUACAGAAGCUGGAAUCCAAGAGUUUCUUUCUUAAAAAAUUACCCAGAAUGAUUUAUCGAUUAUCAAAAUAGUUGGCAAUUAACUAAUCAACUAAUCAAUUAAUUGAUUAAUUGUUGCAGCUCUAUAUGCAACGUUACCCUAGCAGCACCACAAGGCUAACAUUUGUUGUGUGUAUUCAAGGUCCCUUGAGAAUAAACCUUCAAUUUCAAAUUUCAGUUUGACCAAAUAGCUGCAGAGUUUAUGACAUUCUCAUCAGCCUCAACUGAGUACUCAUUAGACGGUGAUCAUGGUGGACACUGUACCUGCCAAACAUCAACUGUAACACAUUUAGCUCAAAGCACAGUUCAGCCUCACAGAGCCAAAGUCUUGUACAAUGGAGCUCAAUGACACAGAGGACUAUGCUGCUGAAUAUCAGGCUUUGGCUACACUGAACACUUGUUAGCGGGAUCAGUUUCUGUUGGUUUUGGUCUUUUCAUGGAACUGGUUGAGAUUAAGACAAAUAUCACCAGACGUACCCUUUAAAGAGUAGUUGGCGAUGAAAUAGUUACAUAAUGGUUUUGCAGUCGUUUUUGCGUCAGGCUAAGGCGAACUUUCAAAACUGCACACUAGAGACUGCUCCACUUUGCCUCUUUCAUAGUUGUCACACUACAAGAGAACAUGCACGACAGUCAAAUUAUAAAUGAGGCGACAUAUUCCAAUGCAAACAAGAAGCAAAUCUGCUUAGAAGACUGUGUUUUCAUUUGAUCCAGUCAAACUGAAGGUUUACUAGAAUCUGAACAGACUGCACAUAAACAUGUUCGGAGUCUAAUCAACUAAACAGUUUAUUUUACAAGACACUGUUUAUUUAAAAAUGCAGCUCAUUUUCGGAGAACGCCUGUUCCUGUAACUCAUUUGACACAUCCAGUUUCAUUUCAAAUGUUACACAGGAUUUUUGAAGGAGCUUGAAGAUGUUAGCAAAUUAUAUUCCAGUUUUACCUUGGGACCGGACAUCGUUUAGGAAUGAGAUGGAGGGUAGGAGGGCAGGAAGAUAAUUCAAAUGUGUUAACACAGGUGAUUUCUAAUGAUUUAGUUUUAUUUUUGUUUCAUAGAAACGAAGGAAGUAGACAGCAUUUCUACAAUGCGUGUUGUACAUUUUAAGCACUGUGACUGCUCUUGAAUGGUAUUUGCAUAGUGCAGUUUAAACUGAUGAUUGUUGCUGCAUCAGCUUGACAGAAGCUUGAAGAGUAAACAUACAUUUUUUUUGGCUUUGGUUUAUUUUGUGAAAUAUGGUGUUCACAGUUAUUUCAUGGAAUAUGUUUCUUCUUUUAUUUCAAACAAAUAAAAUGUUUAAGUAAACAACAAUCUAAUAUGCAAUGACAUAUGUUUAGUAUUAAAAAUAACAAUUCCUUUUUCUUUAUAUUUAUCUAAACAGAUCCCAGGUGGUUAGAUUUUAGAUUUGUAGUUUUGAAGACUGUGUGAUUUUGGGAUGCCUCAGGAAAGCGUACUUGGUCCCCUAUUCUUCCUCUUGUAUAUUAAUGACCCACUCACUUUAAGACUACUACAACUUGUCCUCUUUGUGUAAAUAACACUUGAUACUUUGAUACUUUGCUUGAAAAAGGAAAUUAAUCAACUCCUCUGAUUCUAAUUUCCUUUUAACAUGCAACAACUGAAGCAUCUCUGUAUUAAUGUAUUAAAAAAAUAAUUUAUUGUUUAUA